GUCGCGCGCGCCCGGUCGUGCUGUGGCUGUGGCGGCGGCUGUGGUAGUGGCGGCGGCUGUGGUAGUGGCGGUGGCAGGGUCGUCCGGCCGGUAGCAGCAGCGACGGCAGCGGCAGCGGCGGCCCUGAAGAGAGCGAGGCGGCCUCGGCGGCAGCCGCUUGAGACUCAAGCAAGACCUGGAGCCGGCCGCCUGUCGCCGGCUCUGAGGCGUUUGCCGAUUCCUACCCGGCUGGUCGCUCCCGGCCCUGGCUGGGCAGGGCAGAGCGCCCCUGGGGAGGGGCGGAGCUGUAGAUGUGGUGUAAGAUAUUUCUUCAAGAUUGGACAGCUGGUGACCUGUUAUUUCUGAUAGCCUUAAGUUGACUUUAUAGCCGUAGAGAAACGUCACGGAAUUGCAAUUGUUUUUGUGUGUGUGCGCUUUACACCUUUUUUGGCACCUAAGUUCACCCUGCAACCAUGUAUGGAAGUGCUCGAUCAGUAGGGAAGGUGGAACCAAGCAACCAGAGCCCUGGGCGUUCACCUCGGCUUCCACGGUCACCUCGCUUAGGUCAUCGUCGAACCAACAGUACAGGAGGGAGUUCUGGAAGCAGUGUUGGAGGUGGUAGUGGAAAAACCUUAUCAAUGGAGAAUAUACAGUCCUUAAAUGCCGCCUAUGCUACAUCUGGCCCUAUGUACCUAAGUGAUCAUGAAAAUGUGGGUUCAGAAACCCCUAAAAGCACCAUGACACUUGGCCGUUCUGGGGGACGUCUGCCUUAUGGGGUUAGGAUGACUGCUAUGGGCAGUAGCCCCAAUAUAGCAAGCAGUGGGGUUGCUAGUGAUACCAUAGCGUUUGGAGAGCAUCACCUCCCUCCUGUUAGUAUGGCAUCCACUGUGCCUCACUCUCUGCGUCAGGCAAGAGAUAACACCAUCAUGGAUCUACAGACACAGCUGAAGGAAGUAUUAAGAGAAAAUGAUCUCUUGCGGAAAGAUGUGGAAGUAAAGGAGAGUAAAUUGAGUUCUUCAAUGAAUAGCAUCAAGACCUUCUGGAGCCCAGAGCUGAAGAAAGAGCGGGCCUUGAGAAAAGAUGAAGCUUCCAAAAUCACCAUUUGGAAGGAGCAGUAUAGAGUUGUACAGGAAGAAAACCAGCAUAUGCAGAUGACAAUCCAGGCUCUCCAGGAUGAGUUACGGAUUCAGAGGGACCUGAACCAGCUGUUUCAGCAAGAUAGUAGUAGUAGGACCGGUGAGCCCUGCGUGGCUGAGCUGACAGAGGAGAACUUCCAGAGGCUGCAUGCGGAGCACGAGCGGCAAGCCAAAGAGCUGUUCCUUCUGCGCAAGACCCUGGAGGAGAUGGAGCUGCGAAUCGAGACUCAGAAGCAAACCUUAAAUGCCCGGGAUGAGUCCAUUAAGAAGCUUCUGGAGAUGUUACAGAGCAAAGGACUUUCUGCCAAAGCUACAGAAGAAGACCAUGAGAGAACAAGACGGCUGGCAGAGGCAGAGAUGCAUGUCCACCACUUAGAAAGCCUUUUGGAGCAGAAGGAAAAAGAGAAUAAUAUGUUGAGAGAGGAGAUACACCGGAGAUUUGAGAAUGCCCCUGAUUCUGCCAAAACAAAAGCCCUGCAAACUGUAAUUGAGAUGAAGGAUUCAAAAAUUUCCUCUAUGGAGCGUGGGCUCCGAGACCUGGAAGAGGAAAUUCAGAUGCUGAAAUCAAAUGGGGCUUUGAGUACUGAAGAACGGGAGGAAGAAAUGAAACAAAUGGAGGUGUAUCGGAGCCAUUCUAAGUUUAUGAAAAACAAGAUUGGCCAGGUGAAACAGGAGUUGUCCAGAAAGGACACAGAACUACUAGCCUUACAGACAAAGCUAGAAACUCUCACAAACCAGUUCUCAGACAGUAAACAACAUAUUGAAGUGCUGAAGGAGUCCCUCACUGCUAAGGAACAAAGGGCCGCCAUCCUGCAGACAGAGGUGGAUGCUCUCCGAUUGCGUUUGGAAGAGAAGGAAACCAUGCUGAACAAAAAAACAAAACAAAUUCAAGACAUGGCUGAGGAAAAGGGGACACAAGCUGGAGAGAUACAUGACCUCAAGGACAUGCUGGACGUGAAGGAACGGAAGGUUAAUGUUCUUCAGAAGAAGAUUGAAAAUCUUCAGGAACAGCUUAGAGAUAAAGAAAAGCAAAUGAGCAGCUUGAAAGAGCGAGUCAAGUCCCUGCAGGCUGAUACCACCAAUACUGACACCGCCCUAACGACUUUGGAGGAGGCACUUGCAGAGAAAGAACGGACAAUUGAACGCCUAAAGGAGCAGCGGGACAGAGAUGAGAGAGAGAAGCAGGAGGAAAUUGAUACCUACAAAAAAGAUCUUAAAGACUUAAAAGAAAAAGUCAGCCUGUUGCAAGGCGACCUCUCAGAGAAAGAGGCUUCUCUCUUGGAUCUGAAAGAGCAUGCUUCUUCCCUGGCUUCCUCAGGACUGAAAAAGGAUUCACGACUCAAGACCCUGGAGAUUGCUCUGGAGCAGAAGAAAGAGGAAUGCCUAAAAAUGGAAUCACAGUUGAAAAAGGCACAUGAGGCAACAUUGGAAGCCAGAGCCAGUCCAGAGAUGAGUGAUCGAAUACAACAAUUGGAGAGAGAUAUUGCCAGGUACAAAGAUGACUCCAGCAAGGCUCAGGCAGAAGUCGAUCGCCUCUUGGAAAUCUUGAAAGAGGUGGAAAAUGAGAAGAAUGACAAAGAUAAGAAAAUAGCUGAGUUGGAAAGUCUCACCUCAAGGCAAGUGAAAGACCAGAACAAGAAGGUAGCCAAUCUGAAGCACAAGGAGCAGGUGGAGAAGAAGAAGAGUGCGCAGAUGCUCGAGGAGGCCCGGCGAAGGGAAGACAAUCUCAACGACAGUUCCCAGCAGCUACAGGACAGUCUCCGUAAGAAGGAUGACAGGAUUGAAGAGCUGGAAGAAGCACUGAGAGAAAGUGUACAGAUAACUGCAGAGCGGGAAAUGGUGCUAGCACAAGAGGAAUCAGCCAGGACCAGUGCUGAGAAACAGGUGGAGGAGUUGUUGAUGGCCAUGGAGAAGGUAAAGCAGGAGCUGGAGUCCAUGAAAGCAAAACUGUCCUCCACCCAACAGUCUCUGGCAGAGAAGGAGACUCAUUUGACCAAUCUUCGGGCAGAGAGAAGGAAACACUUAGAGGAGGUCCUAGAGAUGAAGCAAGAAGCUCUUCUGGCUGCCAUUAGUGAAAAAGAUGCUAAUAUAGCUCUUUUGGAGCUUUCGUCCUCUAAGAAAAAGACCCAGGAGGAAGUGGCUGCACUCAAACGGGAAAAGGAUCGCCUGGUGCAGCAGCUCAAACAGCAGACACAAAAUCGAAUGAAACUAAUGGCUGACAACUAUGAGGAUGACCACCCCAAAUCCUCCCAUUCCAAUCAGAUGAAUCAUAGACCCUCCCCAGAUCAGAUCAUCCAGCCCCUCUUAGAACUUGACCAAAAUAGAAGCAAGUUAAAGUUGUACAUUGGACAUCUGACAGCCCUCUGCCAUGACCGAGACCCCUUAAUCCUUCGUGGACUUACUCCACCAGCUUCUUAUAAUGCAGACGAUGACCAGGCAGCUUGGGAGAAUGAGCUGCAGAAGAUGACCCAGGAGCAGCUUCAGAAUGAGCUGGAGAAAGGUGAACGGGACAAUGCCGAGCUGCAGGAGUUUGCCAACACCAUCCUUCAGCAGAUAGCUGACCACUGCCCCGACAUCCUUGAGCAAGUUGUCAAUGCCCUGGAAGAGUCAUCCUGACUUGCUCCAUGGGGAGUGGCAGCCUAGCAGUCCAAAAGAGAGGUGGCCAGGAAGCCAAAAGGGAGCACCCAAGGAACAGGCAUCUGAACCAUCUCCACGCCAAACUCUGCGAACUCUAGCUUGUCACUCACCCAGAGCGCCAUUCAGCCCAUUUGCCUUGUCCCACAUCUUACUCUGCGUUCUGCUUUGAAUGUUCUCUCUGUACAAACUUCCUUGAUCUCCAUGAAGAAAUACCCUCACGUCAUCAGCAGCAAAGGAGCUGGGAGGCUGACACUCUGCCCCUCCAGGGACAAGAAGCCUGGAGCCCACUGAACUGUCAGAAGGACAGCCCCAUCUAGAGCCCACUCAGAGUUCAGUGCGUUGGGAGAAUCCUCACUGGAGACCUAAGAGCUCAUUGCUCUAAUAUCACAAGUACUUUCUCCUCAGAGGGUAAACAAAAAAACUCAAAAAAAGAAAAAACAUAGAGGAGGAGGAAGAAGGAGGAGAUCAGGAAGGAGAGAAGCGUUCCUGCUUGCACCGCCCUUAUUCCUGCUUGGUGUCUUGAACAGGGGUGCAGGCCGGCCUUGCGGCAGCUUUGCACUCACCCUUGUGUGACUCCUGGACGUCUUACCUGCAUUGCUCUCAGUUGACAGGAGGAUAACGUGCAUAGCUCUCACUGUGCUCGCUCUUGUUGAAGACCUUUGACCUGACCACACUUCGUUGUUAGGUUAAAUGUCUGACUGAAAGAGAAGAGGGUUUAACACCUGGGGCCCUGUCAUCAUAAUUUGGAGCGCUGCUCCUCAAGAGAAAAUAGUGUCUCUUGAGGCCAGCUGGUUCCUCUGAACAUCUCGUACAAUGCUGACCACUCCCACCACUCUGCCCCAGGCUGCUGCAGAACAAGGCUUGCUAGAGUGUAUGAUCUACUUCCCACCUCCUCAGCCUGACUCUUGACAGGCAUUCUCAGAGCCACAGCCUCAUGCCAUGGCAUGAAGUUUCUUUUGACCCAAGUGAGUUUGUCUUAUCUCACACACAUUCCUCCCCACAUUCAUUCAUUCAUUCAUUCAGAGAACAUGAAAUGCCUGCAAUGUGAUAGGUACCCAUUCUUGAAAAAGUCUCUGGUAGGGUGGGUUGUGGUAGGCCCUCUGAGACAUGCUUAGUUGAAUCAUAGCAGUAAAAAGCAUAGCCUUCAUCCUUCCAUCAUAACAGUUGAUAUCAUUCCUAGAAGCGUCCUUCCCAAACUAGCGUUCCUUGUUUCUCACUAUAGUGGAAUUAGUGAGCUUGUGGGGUGAACCACCUCUUUGCCUACAAGAUCCCUUUUGGUGGUUUAGUAUCUUUGCCAUCAGUAUUGUUUUCCUGAAACACUGUUCUGUUUAGGAGACUAUGAAUAUCCAUUCAUGGCUACUCAUGACUUAACACAUCUGCAUGCACCUUAUGGACUUCAGGUAGCACGAUCUUAAAAUCAGAAAGAUACAAAUCCAGUUGAGAGUCUAGACUUUUGCAGGACAUUUUUCCCCCAAGCAUAGACAAUGGCUACCAUAAAUAAUCAGGCACCAAAAAAAAUAGACGAUGCAACACACAUCUAGUCCUUGACUCCCUGUAUCAGACACCCCUGACACUCCCUUCUUCUGGUGAGGUUGUUGGAGUUUGGUCUUGCAUUUCCUUCUGUCUCCCCAGUUAUACCCUCAGAAUGUAAUGCUGUCUGUAAAUUCCUUACAACCCCAGCCCAGGACCUCAUGCAGCAGCCACAACUCACAUGAACUUAGUCACAUCCCCACCUUCCUUCAUCCUGACAUAAAAUGUUCCUUCCUUGUAUGAGAUGCUGGGGAGUAUUCCUUAUGAGGGUGUGAAUGGGCUCUACUGAUAAAGCUCUCAGUGAGAUCCCAGCCUGGCUUGCGGGAAUAUGGAGUGAAGCCAGAAAUGAUGGUCAUGGCUGGUCAGUUAUGUAAAUUCUACUUAUUUAUUGUCCCAUCCAUCAAUCCUGAAGAAAGCUCCAAUGUAGGAAAGUUAGAAUCCUACGUAAUUUCCAUAACAUAAGGGCCCACAGCCUAGUUGAAGCUUCACAGGCUGUGGUGGAAAGCAGGAGGGUCCAAGCUCACAGGAGCAGGCAAGCCUCCCUCAGUGCACACACUUGGUGCUAUCAGAGGUGCUACUGCCAGUCUUGCUAGCUUGGCAUAUGGCCCUCUACCACCUUCCUUCUCUUCAUUCUGCCUUGCCCUGUCAGGUCUUCCUAGAGGCUGCAGGAGCCCUCUAGGACAUAUGCUUAUUGGGGAAGUGACUGGGAAAGUCAUCUGGUUUCUGUGAACCACAGCAGGGAAUCCUUGGGUAGUGAUCUGGCAACUCAAAUGAUUCUGGGGCUGUUAAACUAAAGUUGAACCAUGAGCAUGGCGUGCCUUCGUCGUAGGGGCAAAGUUAAUAUGGUGUCCAACACUGAGAGGAUCUUUGCAUCGUUCACUGAGCAAUAUUUACUAAAUGUACAACUGCCAUUACCUUGGGACGUGUCAGUCCAUAACCAUCUUCAUGUAUUCAUGGUUUAGCAAGGCCACACCACUGCUCCUGAAGACAUCUGGCCCUGAAAACUAACUACAGGCUACUAGGAUCAGCCCCAUGACCUUCCAUUCCAUUGGCAAGCCUCUUAACCCUCAGCACCUAAAGAUCUCGACCCCAAGUAAAGGUCAUCAUGAAGAAGACAGUAAGAAAAGAGAAAUCCAACCUGGGGCUCCUGGCUAAAGAAGUGUAUGAGCUCUGCAUAUCAGCAGACCUCUGUCCCAGGUCCUCAUGAGUAGCCAACAACAUAUCUGAAUGGGGAUUGGCAAAGAGAUGGAGACAACAAGUAGGCUUUAGCAUUCUGGGAAAUAGGAAGUCCCCUAGCUCAUGUCACCCUUUAUCCUUAUACCUUUCACAACACCUAAGCAUGCCUCUUCCUCACCAAUGGCUUUUGCGAAUCCUGGGAAACCAGACUGAACCCAGACCACCAUCAGCGCUGCGAGUCAUGCUGUGGCUGCAUUCCUAGAAAGAACAUAAUGGCCCACCCUCCCCCUCUUGAUACUGGGAUUGGCUUUGGCAUUGUGCCCUCUUGUUUGACUGAAGUAUAGCUGCCGGCUACCCUUCAGGGGCUUUGAGGAAGGGGCAAAGCAAGGAUACGUUGCUGCAUAGAAUGUGACACUCAGGCCUUUCUCAGUUCCAGCGGACUGUGUCAGCAAUAUCAGUAACUUUCAUGUCUGCCUUCCCAGCUUCACCUAACUGUGGAGUCCAGAGCUGUGGAGAGGGGGGCAGGAAAGGCAAGCCUGAGCCACAAGCCUGCUGUCUGCAAAGCCUGGAUGCCAGGCACACGCCAUCACUGCCAGUCUCUGAAUUUUGAGGAGGUGACUGGAACUGGUCCAAGAAAUGUUCUAAAAAAUUUUUUGGAAGUUUCCCUUGUGAACUAAGAAUAUUUAGGCAAGAAGAAAAUGUGCAUUACCUAAGGGUCCUUCUGAACAAAAUGGCUGUCUUUAUUCUUUUUAAACAAAAAACUGUUUCCAAACUUUUUAGUGUCAAAAUUGUAACCAAGUGUCUCUUGAUUCUUCCCACUGUGUUUGGCAAGUGCUGUGACCCUAUUGUAGGUAUUUCUCCUCCUGCCUCUUUUGGGGGAGAAGUGAUUUUAGGGGUUGGCCUAGGGGUGUGGGCAUCUGUCCCAUCCCACCUCCUCUUUUGCCUCUCUGCUUGUUGGCAUUGUCUGUGUGGUUCAGAGAACUGGGACAGUUACAUUGUGUCCAUUGUUGAGAAUAUUAAAAUAUUAAAAAGUAGUUGUAGAACUGAAAAACUAAAGAGCUGUGUUUUUAAAAUACAAACCCAUAAAUAUCAUGUUAACAAAGGAAUUCAAGCUAUGGGCAGCCUAGCUCCCUCCCCUUCCAGGUUGGUGGGGUGGUAGCCAGGCUCCCCCAUGGGAAACAGAGGCCACACUCCAAGCAGGUGACUUCCUGCCAACAGCCAUGUGGAGAAAUGAGAAGCGGGCUCAGAGACCAUUGUGUCGGGAUUUACCUGUAUGUCCUCAGGACCCCUGGGUAGAGGUCUCAAAGUUGGUGACCCCAGAACCAUCCUCACCCUCAUGUUGGUCCGUGCCUAGUGUGCCUAGUACUGUGUAGCAAGCUGGGCCUCCCUCUGGAGCCCCUUCUUGGCAGACCACAGGACCUCUUCCUGUCCACUUGGUGCUAUCUCAUCAUGACCAUUCAGCAGGGCAGCCUGGCUGCCUGGAGCCCACAGUCCAGGUGGAGUGGAUAGUCCUCAGAGCUUGGCUCCAUCUAGCUUCAGAUCCCAGAUUCUGGCCCUUGAAGCUUUUUAAAUCCAGAACCCCUAAUCCCCAGAGAUCUCAGAGUCAGGAAAGGAAGUGAGCCAGGCUGAAGCGAAGAGGUCCACCCCGUUCCACAGUGAGCGCCCAGCCCCUCCUCCCUACCACACCAGUGUUGCAUCCAUCCUCUAAAGCAGCUAGGCCUGCCAGGGCUGCAUGCCACCCAUCAGGCCAGCUGCAGAGUGCAGAUCAGAAACCUGCCAUGCAGUGGGCUAACCAGGAUGGGGACUCAGGCUUUACUCUGAUGCCCCGCCCCCCAUUUCAGAAGAGGCAUGUUGCACUUCAGUGGGGAGCCCAGGAAUACUGGGCACUGGCUUCCCGUAGCUUGAGUCCCUUUAGGUAACUGGUGGCCACCUGAUGGUUUGUGUGAAGCAGAUGCAGCCGCUGCCUUCAACUGUGCACCUGCAUGCAGUUGCUGGAGUUGAAUUGCUGGCCUGAUAAUGGCAUUACAAAGACAUUGUGUUCUGUUCAACUUUGCCUUGAUAAUUAUUGUAAACACUUUGUUCAUUUUUUUUCUUUUUUAUUCACAAACUAAAUCCAUCAGGAAAUUAUAAAGUUAUUUAAAAACCG